AUGUCUAUUUUGGAGCAGGUGUCCGUCUUUCACUUCAAAUCCUAUGAUAAUGAACAGAAAUAUCGGUUUUCAGAAAAACUCAACUGCAUUGUUGGUCGAAAUGGAAGCGGAAAGUCCGCAUUGAUUGAUGCUAUCUGCUGUGCUUUAGGAUUCGACUUGAAAAGGCUUCGAGUCUCCAAAUACAGUGAGUUGAUCACUCACCAAAAGGAAAAGUGCCAUGUUGAACUUCAGUUUGGGGGAAAGAAGAAUGUCACUCUCAAGUUUUCUGCAGAUACGCAAGGGACAGUUUGUUUUCGGUACAAUGGGAAGCAACUCUCCCGCGAACGACUCCGUCAGACGAUAGGAGAGCAAUUGGGAUUAACAGAUCCGAUUUUCGUAAUUCAGCAGAACCGAAUUCAGAGUUACUAUGACAAUCUAGUCGAUUUUCUCCAUGAAACAAAUGGAAGUGGAAAGUAUCUGGAGUUUUUGCAGAGCUAUGAGAAAGACAAGCUGACUCUUCAAAGCCAGCUACAGAGAAUUCAACACCUAGUCUGUCAGAAGCAGUUGAGCAAUGAGCGAUUUCAAUCGCAUUUGAGAUGGGAAGCGCUCAACAGAGAAAUCAUGCGAAUGCAAGGUACUUUAAAGGAUAAGCAAUCUAUUCUGACGGAUCAACUCCAUCAAGAAUUGUCCGAUCUGCGAACGGAAUACCAAGAGAUUUCGAAAACGCUUCAACAGGAAGAGGAACUCCAAAGUUAUCAGCGAGCGUUCCGAAAGCAUCAGCAAAAAAUGAGUGAGAUUGGUUCCUCAUUAACUCAUUUACUUGAGAUCAGCAAAAAGAUAAGAAUGGAAAAAGAGGAAUUACAGAGAGCGAUUGACUCCUUGGUUAUUCAGGAGGAUCCUCUGCCUCCUCUCUAUCAGAGACAGCGCCAACUGCAGAAGAGAAAGGAAGAGCUGGAACAAGAAGUCAUUCCUUCGUUUUCGUAUCAUGGCUUGGUGAUCGAGCAGUUUCAUUGGAAACCGGAUAUUGAUGAGUUUGUUCCAUGCCUCAUUCAGCUCUUGAAGCCAUUUCUGACCAUUCAUCUAUGCGAUACUUACGAAACAUCCAAAGAAUUGCUAAUGAAACACAAACCAAUUCGCAUAUGGGUAAUGGAGCGAUUAACGCAGAUGCGACUCCCUCCAACCACGAUUCAAGAAGGAAACAUCACUCUAAUCCACCCUUCCACUCUCCUCGCAGAUGAUACAACACCUAUUAAUCUCAUUAACGCAAAGGAGAUCCCAAAGAGUUGA